AUGAGUAAAAAAACAGGGCUUAAACUGCCCAGAAGACUUCAAAUGAAGGCCACUGCCGUGGCGAAACCGCAACCAGUGACGGCCGAGGACUCGUGGGUUUUGGGAACCGAGGAAGAGGAAUCAGGAGACAGAUGGCUUGCUUCUGAUCUGGCCAAAGCUUUGAGGUUUUAUUUUAGGGCUUAUGAGCACUAUCGGGUCGCACUCUCCAAGGACGAUGGGUAUGCAGAUGCUCUUUAUAACACGGCACGGCUGCUCCUUCAUGUGCACAACCAGUUCGUGAGGCAGGAAGGCAUUAUUCUGGACAGUCUGGAAUCUGUUGAAGCAGCCAGAGAGGUGAUUCAGCCACUGGAACGCAUAGUGGAGAUUCAUGAGCACGCAUUAUCGAAGUGCAGGGCCAGAGGUGUCGUUCCGUGGGAGCUGGUUUACAAUACUGCGAUGGCUUAUUCAGAACUUGUGGAGAAACUGGCAGAAGAUGAAAAUAACUGGCGAGAGACGCUAGAAUCAGGAAUAAAGGCAAGGGAUAUGUUCAGUGCAGUUUUAGGAAUCCAGAGAGAGGAAUUGAAGAAGCUGGUGGAUAUUUCGGCAACUGUGGCCACUAGUGAGGCUGCAAGUGAGAAUUUGAAUAACACGAACAAUGAACCGAGUCAAGCAGAUCAGGGAGAAAACUACAUGACAGAGGAAACGGUACUCCCGGAUACCAUACUUGAGACGGUGACCCAAUGCUAUAAGCUGGUGGGAUCUGUAUAUGAGACCACAGCAGAUCCCAAUAGACUAUCCGAGUCGAGGCUCGCGUUCCAGAGCUUUUCGGACCAAUUGGACAAUUUAGUUGCCGAGGUCAACAUCAGUUUUGCUCCAAGUUUGGACCUAGGUGAAGACCAGCUGAUUCCCCGCAUCACCACAGAAGCUCUGGAAAGGCUAAAGCUGGAGAGAUUGGCGAUGCUAUGCUCUCAGUCUACACAGUUCGAAGAGAUAAGUGCCAUCUGGAUGAGGGAAGAGAACACACUCGCCGACUCAGCAGAAAAGCAUAUGGUAUAUGCUGAUUGUAUUCAAACACUCAUGGACAAAUUCGAUAAUAUCCCGGACCAUUUUGUGUGGUGGACACAAUUGUCUACAAUGCUGAGACAAUUGCAGAUAGCAGCCGGUAUCUUAACGACUGAACUGGGUAAUUCCAAGGGCAAAGACAUCUACAGCCAGAUGAUCUCGCAGCUUUGUGCGGUCAUAAUAGCAAGGGCUGACAUCGAGAAACAGAGAAGCCAAUUAGAAACAUCUGAUGCUGCCAAAAACAGAGAACUCUUGCUGAAAAACUGCACUCAACUGCUGAAAAAUGCAGGAAACUACGCUUCCAUGUCCGGGGGAUUACGGGAAGGCAUGACAGAUCGCUUGGUUCGCGAGAAGCGCAAAAGAGAGGCAAUCUUGAGACUUUGUCUACUAGAAAACAAAUCUUUGGCUUCUUUAAAAUUGUCAGAAAACGACUUUCAGGUCGAAAUUACAGAGCUUGCCAAACUUUCAAUCUAUUGA